AUGCUAGAAUAUAGGACUCAAGGCUACAAUGGAUACGCAAUUAAAUAUUCACCAUUCUUUGACAACCGCCUGGCAGCUGCGACGGCUGCCAACUUUGGUCUCGUUGGGAAUGGCCGUCUGUACAUUCUACGAUUAACUGAUAAGGGAAUUAUUCACGAGAAAUGGUUUGACACCCAAGACUCUAUCUAUGACACGGCAUGGUCAGAAAUCCACGAAAAUCAACUUCUUGCGGCCUGUGGAGAUGGAUCAGUCAAGCUAUUUGAUACUUUGGCGCCAGAUUUUCCAGUCCAGAACUUUCAUGAGCAUAACAAGGAAGUCUAUGCAGUUAGUUGGAAUCAAGUUACCAAGGAUACUUUCCUUUCUAGUUCAUGGGAUGGCACCAUAAAAAUCUGGUCACCGAAUCGACCUCAAUCGCUUUUGACCCUACCAACUCACUCCUGUACCUACAGCAGUACUUUCUCUCCACAUUCGCCUUCGAUUGUUUCAAGUGUUUCUUCGGAUUCUCAUCUCCGAAUAUUUGACCUACGCACAUCACCUUCUUCCUCGAAUCAUCUCGUAACCCUCAUACCUAUUCAUACCUCUACUGCUCCUAAUUCUCUAAUUUCAAGUAUUUCCAACCCUAGCGAAUGUCUAACCCACGACUGGAAUAAGUACAACGGCUCAGUUAUCGCUACAGGUGGAGUCGACCAAGUAAUUCGAACUUUUGAUUUGAAAGCUCCAAAAUCAGGUCCAGUAAUGGUAAUGCGAGGCCAUAGAUACGCUAUCAGAAAAUUAGCAUGGUCCCCACACGUAAGUGAUAUUAUCAUAAGUGGGAGCUAUGAUAUGAGUGUUCGAAUAUGGAGUGACAAGAUAGGCGAGAUCGGCGUCAUGAUGAACCACACUGAGUUUGCCACAGGUGUUGACUGGUGCCUCUUUGGGGCUGAAGGUUGGUGUGCUAGUACUGCAUGGGAUGAGCGCAUUCUCGUUUGGGAUGUAAAGAGUUUCAUCCCCCCACAGUAUUCUCACCGUUUUUCCGCAUGA